AUGCUGAAGCGACUGGAAAACCUGACUCUGUCGUCCGUCGCAAGCAGCAAAAGUGCCUGCACCCUCUGUGGCCACGAAUUCGGUCUUCUCUCGAAGUCUGCAAACCGCUGUGCAGACUGUGGCCGUCUGGUCUGCCCUCGCUGUUCAAUGGAGUUCACCGAGGGAAGGACAGACAGGGCUUCUGGCGGAGGGCAGACUGAAGUGAAUGAUAUAUCGCCAUCACGUUACCUUCCGCCCGAAACUGCCAGCCGUAUCUACUCCACUGAGCGUUCAAUGCAGUUGCUUAGAAAGUUCUGGCAGGCUCAUCAGGGCACCGAAAAACGGGACGCGAGAGGUCAAACACUGUCCCCCACUAAUGGCGGCGCUGGCCGUGGUGAAGUAUCUGGUCUAAUCCGACACCCUUUCAGAAAGUCUUUAUCCAGCGAACGACCUUCACGUCUAUCACAGCUGUUUGCUUCCGAUAACCUUUCAACUACCUCCAGUUUGAGGACAAGUCGACCAAAACGCUACCAUCUGUGCAAACUCUGUUGUGAGGCUAGAGAGGUAACACCGCCUUAUCUUUUGAAAUUAUCGUGCUUGCGGAGGAUUUUUUGUAUUCCCGAAGUUCACCGAACAAGAUAA